AUGCCCAACCUUCCUCUAUCUAGAAGCUGGACGGAGAUACGACAGGCUCUAGAACACGCUCGAGAAUGCGAAGAUGGCCCCGUGAAUGCCCAAUCCGCCGCCGUCUUGGAGGCUGCCAUCACCGAACUCUGGAAUCGCAUCCAGGCCCAACCAGAUAGCUAUGUGCUCACACCAGACGAGUUCGCCCUCUUUAAUUACUUCCUUACCACGCGCUACCGUGGCUCGACCGUCGCCCAGAGAGCCGUGGCCCGUUUCUGGAACAAUUACCAAGGAACGAAUUGCGAUGGCGUCGCCAACUAG